AUGAUUGCGUGUCAGACAGAGGCUAUCCCUCCAGGUGUUGUCUUGCAAGUAGUUACUGCCUGUCCACCGAAGGACCGUGUUGCUUUGGCAGCAAGGGUAGCCAAGCUCGAAAAGAAGAUUUUUCCAUCGAGCGAGGCCUUCGACUACAGCGUUGAGCUGAAGAAAAAAAAUGUUGGGCUUGUUCUGGCCUCAAGAAUAGGAGGCCAGGAGCUUGUCGGUUACCUCGUGUUUCAACGAUUGAAAAGCCAGGCCUGGCUACACAAGCUGGCCACCAUCGAACAAGAGAGGGGCAAAGGCAUCGCCAGGUGUCUCAUACAUUCCCUUUGCCAGCAAAUGAAGAAGGGAGGUUGUCGAACAAUCGUUUUGUGGGUUGAUGAAGCUCGCAAACCAGCCAGGGCUCUGUACGCGUCUUGCGGGUUCCAGCAAAUCGAGCGGCUCCCAGACUACUAUGGUCCAGGGCGAACAGCACUCAAAAUGGAGCUGGCUAUCGCAGAAUGA